UGCAUUGUGGGGAGGAAAGUCGUUGCCAUUCGACCUCUGCGGGGCCUGCGCGGACGCAGCGAGAACCCUGAAAUUCAUUAUGCGUUUAAAACCUUUAUUUAUUUCCGCAUAACCUACAUACUCUCACCGGGAGGGCCAAGCGGAGAAAAGAAACGACGACGGUCCAUCUCUUUCGGAAAAUACAUCAUUUACAAGUACAUUAUUAUUGUCGGAGGGGGAAUACUGUUGAUAAAGUGAAGAUUCUAAUAUAUAUUAAGAAAAAUGUCCGGUGAGAGAAAUCGCAGGUCGCUGGCUUUCCGAGGAGGUGGAUCAACUGGGUUAACGGGUUCCAGUGGCAUCGGUGGGGGGAACUGUAACAGCUGGGAGGCCCCGGCCUGUCAAGACCGACAUUUUAACGGGAAUAGGCCAGAUCAAGAAGAGGACAGGGAUUUGGGGGCGAAAGGACCGUCACAGAAGAGUGUGGAAGGCGCUGGGUCUGUCAGCGAUAGCACGGAACCCGAGGCGGAGGAAGAAGAGGACCCGGAAGGGGGGAGCAGGGCAGCCGGUGACGGUGACUAUCGCGUCGGCUCGGUUGAAAGGGAAGACGGGUCCAGGGACGGGAAGAGUUGGACAGCGGGGAACGGUCUUAACAACAACGCUGACGGCCAGGAGUCUGGAAAUGCAGCGAGUGGAGGCGAGACAGGUUCCAGGAAAUCUGGGGUAGAGAUGAGACCGCAGACGCUCCUUCAAAAACACUCACUAUUCCACGCUUCAUGGUUGCAAGAAUUUCCAUGGCUCAGAUUUUGCCAGGAGACGGGACUCAUGUCUUGUUCUUGGUGUCACAACAUUGCCACUAAAAACAGCGACGAGCUUGUUAAAGGUAGUCGCAACUACAAACGGGCCUUGCUGCUGAGACAUCACCUGUCUUCAGAGCACGGGAGAAAUGACCCCACCAAACAGGAGACUGUGAGGCCAUCAGGCAACACCAUCCCCUCCACUAACUACUCAGAGGAAGACUACCGCAACAAGCCCAAUGAAAACUCCUACUGUUACCAGCUUCUACAAGAGUUGGACAAGCAGCGCAAAAGUGGCAUCCUCUGUGAUGUGAACAUAGUCGUGUCAGACCAGGUGUUCCGCGCACACAAGAACAUCCUGGUAGCAGGCAGCCGCUACUUCAAAACCCUCUACUGUCUGACCAAGAGCGAGGCCCAAGACCAAGCCACUGUCACACACCUGGAUGUUGCUGCUGUGCAGGGCUUCUCGGUGAUCCUCGACUUUCUUUACUCCGGGAAUCUGCUGCUCACAAGCCAAAAUGCCAUUGAGGUAAUGUCUGUUGCUAGUUACCUCCAAAUGACAGAAGUUGUACAGUCAUGUCGGGCUUUUAUAAAGGAUGCCCUAAAUAUCAGCAUCAAGCAAGAGGCGCCAGAUUCAGUGGUGGUGGACUAUAACAAGAGGCAAAUGGUGACCAAAGAGGGACAGAGAGGGCUGGACCGGAAGCCGAGCAAUUUUUGGGCUACAAGCAUCCUGUCAAAACUGUCAAUCAAGGCCAGCUGCAACCAAGGAAAGGAUGCAAUAGAAGAAGAUGAAGAAAAUGGCAGGGUGAAGGAAGAGACCAGCGAUAUCGAGGUGACAGUGGUUGGAGGUGAGGGCUGUGCCCUGGUGACCCCUGGAGCUUCUGGAAGCUGGACCCACCACACUGACAACUCUUCUGAUUCAGCUGAGACCAAUGACACCCGGACGGUAAGUGGCCAGACGCAGGUCUUCGUCUGGAAUGAGCCAGCCACGGGUGGCACUGCGGCAGCACCCGCAGCCAUAAAGCGAGAAGCACCGGAUGCUGCCCCUGGAAGUGGUCGGAGGAAAAAACCGACCACCACACGGCGUUUCAUCUACAACUUUCCACCAGAGCCAGAAGAGGGAUUUGAUGAGGGGAUGUUUAUCCAGCCGUCUGCGUCCUACCCCAGAGAGGACUUCUCCUCCCUCUCAGAAAACGCUGAGCUGGCCAAUCAGAUCCAGUAUAGCAUCAUCCAAGACUUACAGCAAGGGGAGUCCUGGGAGAAUGGGGAGUCCUCACACCUAGCCCUCAAUAAGCUCAAGUGCCCCCACUGUAACUACAUCGCCAAGCACCGACGCACACUCAAGAGGCACCUGAUCAUCCACUCAGGUGUGCGCUCAUUCAGUUGUGACAUCUGUGGCAAGCUGUUCACCCGCCGUGAGCACGUAAAGAGACAUUCCCUGGUGCACAAGAAGGACAAAAAAUACAAGUGCAUGGUGUGCAAGAAGAUCUUCAUGCUUGCAGCCAGCGUCGGCAUCCGUCACGGCUCGCGGCGUUACGGUGUGUGUGCGGACUGCGCUGACUCGCACCAGGCCACUCAGGAGGGCCUGGAGGGCAUUGAGUUUCCUCGCGACGAAGAGUUCGACGGGGAGGAAGGGGAGGACGUAGAGGGGGAGGAACCCACCUACAACGACCAAUCAAACUGGGGUGAGGGCAACGCUGGUGCUGCCCCAGAGGAGGACUAAGAAUUAUAACAAGCUUGAGAAACAAAUUAAAAUAAAGGUUGAUGUUUAAUAUAUAUGUACACAAAAACUAGCUGGUAAACAAUCAACUCCAAAGUGCUAUCAAACCUUGAGGUUGCUUAAUUGUGCAAGUAUAUGACAAAGACAUGGAUUUUUGUUCUUUCUUUUCUUUUCUUUUUAAGAGUGGGAACUCCAAGAUGUACAGAUUUUAUUAUUAUAAAAAAUGUGUCCGACUCUGGGCCCAGUGGAGAAUGAUUCUAAUGACAAAUAAUAUGAUGAAUCAGGUUAUUGGUGAUGUAUUUUUUAUUUAGCUUUUGGGCGAGAGUUGGGCAGGGUGAUGUAAAUUUUUUUUUUUUUUUUUUUUUCCGUUGAGGUAGGCCAAUCAUCUAAAAGAAAAGAAAUGUUAAUUAUUUAAUUUAUGAAGAGAGGUUAUUAUGGUCUUAUCAAAAGCUAUAAUUUGUAUUUCUGUUUUUCUUUGUUUUUCUUUUUUUGUCUGCGAGUGGAGGCACAGUAAACACUGCUGCUCUCUCCUCAGUCUGAAAGUGUGUUGCUUGGUGCUUGUAGAAAUACACAGCAGAAGAGCAUUGUUGUCCACAGGAAGAUUCAAACUUGCUCCGUAGAUCUUGUUUAGAGGCGCUAAAUAUUAUUUUUUUCUUUCCCUGCACAAAUCUUGGAACCAAAAAAUCUGUUUUGUGACUCUAAUGUAUCUCAGCCAUAUUUAUGAUUAAUUUAAGAGGGCUGUGAUAUUGUGCCAAACAGACCGCACACCAAGAUUUAGCAGGAAACAAAAACUACUGAAUACGCUUAAGAGAGAGGAGAAAAAAAAACCCCAAAAUAGACAUUUGUUUUACGGGGGAAAAUAUUGUUUUAAAAGAAAAAAGUACAAGGGGAAAUAUUAUUGCUAGCUUUAUACAAAUCACAGCAUCACAAUAACACUUUAUUAUUAUUAUUAUUAUUAAACAAAAAGCAUUUGACUUUCACUUAAAGCUUGAAUUUUGCCAAAUGAUGAAACGUUUGGUGCUGUAAUGCUUGUUGCAGAAUACUGGACCUACAGGCUAUAUAUGAUGUUUAUAAUCAUAAAGCUUAAACUGACUCAGUUAUGCAUAUGUAAUCAGCUUAAACUAUAGAACACUGUUGUGCUACGGCGACUAUCAGGUAUGCUUUGCCAUUGUUUUUAAGCUUUCUAUUUUAUUUAAUGCACACUCACACACAUACCAUUUUAUAGAACUACCGGCAGUACUCGUAAUUGACAUUUUAAGGACCUAAGUGAACAUCAAUACCUGUAUGAGUUUGUUUAUAUUUGGUACUGAGGUUUAAGCUUAACACAGUAAAUACUGAAUCACUUGAAGGUUGGAUGCGAGGUGAGUAAGAUAUGUGCAGAAGUCAUAUGUGAUGUUUUCAGUAAAAAAAAACUCCAUUUUCCAUUUGUGACAGGUGUACAUAAAUGUCAUCAGGUUAAUUUGUUUAUUUGUUUAUUUUCUUUUUUUUUUUGGUCUGCCAGGUAGAAAACACUUUGUUCCACAAAAAGUGAUACUCUAUGGCACCACAUAGACAUGCACUUACUUUUACGUUCAUGACAAGACAUUUUCUUUUUAUGUUUUGUUUUCUUUUUCCCCAAAAGCGGGUCUGAAUGGAACUAUAUUAAACUUCUUUCUUCCAAUUCUUAACUUUUUUUAUUAGACAUUUUUGUUUUUAUUUAAUAUUAUAUAUAUAAAUAUAUAUAUAUAUAUAUAUAGACUCCAAAAUGCAAUCAAGACUGUUCAUUUCUAUUUGUCCAACCAAAAUUGUUUUUAAUUAUUGUUGAAAUAUAAUGUAUGAGAAAAGCCAGGUGAAUACUUGCUUAGUGUAGAAAAUCCUUGCUCGUGUCUGUAAUUGUUGAGAUUUUUUAAAUGUUUUAAUGCUACAGAAUCACUCACUUUAUCCUUGAAACUUUUUUGUUUAAUUUUGUCUUUUCCACGGAUGUUUCCUUUUUUUUCUUUUGUUUGUUUGUUUUCACUAAGCACAUAUUUUCUAAAGAAACACGGAUUGUUUGUGGGUUAAAACCUUGGAACAGCAGUAUCUGUUCAUAUGCAGUGGAAAAUACAGUAUGUACUGAAGUGCUAAUGAUACCGAAGAUGUGUAACUUCCUUUUAUGCUCGGUGAAAGAAGAUAUAUUUUAAAUCAAAGCGAUAUUCAUCCUCUUUGUGUCACUUUUACCUUCAAGUCACUGUAGGAGGGGGAUAUAUAUAUAUAUAAAUAUAUGUUGAGAAUAUAUGAGAUAAAUAUAUAUAUAUGAAGAAUAUAUUAUUUAACUAGUAAAUUUCCUUAAAUGGGACACAUUGAGAGUCGGCUUCAAACCUCCUGCUGUGGUGGUUACUUCCGUGAACUUUAACCUUUUGCUUUCUCCAUUCACGCUGUGUGCUUGUUCAUCUUACCAUCCUGUUGUCAUGUUCUUUUGAUACUAUUUACCAUCCUACUGAUUUUACUGUAAUGAAUGAAACUCAAAACUAUGAUGUAUCAUUUUAGAUUUUAUGCUGUGUUUGUUAUAUGGAUAAAAAAAAAAAUACAAAAAAUCACACAAAAAAAAGAGAAAAAGCAAAAACACUACAGAUGUAAAGCAGAGGUUUUUUUCCCCAGCUGUAUUUUUUUACGCUGUUGCAAAAGGUUGUAUUUUUCAAUUUCUCUCGGACUUAACAGUGAUGCAAAACGUGGGCCAUGCCUCAGUGCCCUCCGAACACAAAGCAAAUUCAGGUUACUCUUUUUACGUUUUUAUCAAAGGUUUUCAAAGAUGGAACUACAUUGUCCUUUUUUCUGUCUGAAUUGUACUACUGUUCCUCUCUAUACUACAUUUUACGAAUAAAACUUUGAUAUUGCUUUAA